AUGUGGCUCUGCAGGUCUACUCUGCUGCUGGGUCUCGUCGGGAGCAGAGGACUAGUGAGAGGCAUGUGUGCACAAGUGGCAGACUGGGAGACGGCUAAGUCUAUCUAUGAGUUUUCUGCCAAAGAUAUAGAUGGCAAUGAAGUCUCACUGGAAAAGUACAGAGGAUUUGUUUGUAUAAUCACAAAUGUAGCCUCUAAAUGAGGAAAGACCCGAGUAAACUACACUCAGCUAGCGGGAAUGCACGCCUCCUAUGCUGACAAAGGUUUACGUAUCCUGGGUUUUCCAUGCAACCAGUUUGGAGGACAGGAACCAGGAACAGAUGCCGAGAUAAAGGAGUUUGCCAAAGGCUACAAUGCUGAAUUUGACAUGUUCAGUAAGAUUGAAGUCAAUGGAGACAAUGCCCACCCUCUUUGGAAGUGGAUGAAGGCUCAGCCAAAAGGCAAAGGAACCCUGGGGAAUAAUAUCAAAUGGAACUUCACGAAGUUUCUCAUAAACCGAGAGGGCCAAGUGGUGAAGAGAUACGGCCCCACAGAUGAUCCAAGUGUGGUGGAAAAGGAUCUACCCUCAUACCUAUAAAUUAUGCUUUAACUGUUGGCUUUUCAUGUGGACUUUAAGGUGUAGCAGUGUUUUUCUGACGUAUGACGGCUUGUCUCUAAACCCUACUGCGGGGAGGACUGGCCUGAUUUUAGCGUGCAACUGAAUCAGAGAUCACCUGCAUCCACCACCUUCUAUGUUCAUGAGAAAAGCCACAUGUUUUACUAUGCUUAAAAAAGUAAAGCCAUUCCUUUGCCCAGUAUAAAUCUCCAUGUCACAACUCUGAUUAGAAAAAUAAUUAGUGUUUUGUCUUCAGAAACAUUAAAAUGAAAUGCCACAUUUGCACUUGUAUGUACUGCAUUUAAUAGAUGUGCUAUUCACUUGCUUGAUAAGAGCUGAAAGUGACGUUGAUUUUGUAUAAACUACCAAAGUGUUAACCUGUUGACUAAUAAAUACGAUGUCUUCUUGAACCACAACAAAAGCUCUG